AUGUCGGCGACGGGGCCCAUCAGUAACUAUUACGUGGACUCUCUCAUCUCUCACGACAAUGAAGACCUCCUAGCGUCCAGGUUUCCGGCCACCGGGGCUCACCCUGCCGCCGCCAGACCCAGCGGCUUGGUGCCGGACUGUAGCGAUUUUCCGUCCUGUAGCUUCGCGCCCAAGCCGGCCGUGUUCAGCACGUCGUGGGCGCCCGUGCCCUCACAGUCGUCCGUGGUCUAUCACCCGUACGGCCCCCAGCCCCACCUCGGCGCCGACACGCGCUACAUGCGGACUUGGCUCGAGCCGCUGUCCGGCGCCGUCUCCUUCCCCAGCUUCCCGGCCGGGGGCCGUCACUACGCCCUCAAGCCCGACGCCUACCCCGGGCGCCGCGCCGACUGCGGCCCAGGCGACGGCCGCAGCUACCCGGACUACAUGUACGGUUCGCCCGGGGAGCUGCGCGACCGCGCCCCGCAGACGCUGCCCUCGCCCGAGGCGGACGCGCUGGCCGGCAGCAAGCACAAAGAGGAGAAGGCCGACCUGGACCCUAGCAACCCCGUGGCCAACUGGAUCCAUGCCCGUUCCACAAGGAAGAAGCGUUGUCCCUACACCAAGUACCAGACGCUGGAACUGGAGAAGGAGUUUCUCUUCAAUAUGUAUUUAACCAGGGACCGACGAUACGAGGUGGCCCGUGUUCUCAAUCUCACUGAGCGGCAAGUCAAAAUCUGGUUUCAGAAUCGGAGGAUGAAGAUGAAAAAGAUGAAUAAGGAGAAAAGCGACAAGGAGCAAUCCUAA